AUGAGAGGCUCAACAGUCUUCCAUAGUCUGAGGUCAUGGACGUCAAAGCUACAUCAACAGCUCCCGCUCAGUCCACGGGAGUCACAACGCUUACUCAACGCCUUAACGACAUCUUUCCGUGAGCAACUUGACCAUGUGCAUCCAACAGGCGCUGGAGGAGACCAGAGUCAGACGAAGACCGCCCAUGGUAACGGCAGUCACGCACCGACUACAGCCAGUUCUCGUGGUCUACAUUCGUCCGCAGCUUCAGCCGACAAGCAUCUGGCCUCCAUACUGACGAAUCCACUCCUGGCCAAAGGUGCGGCUACUGCUACGAGCGACACAGAUCGCGAACUGGCCAAGGCAAAAGCCGAGCUCGAGCGCCAUCCAGCCCAGGACCCGAUCGCGCUCCUCGAGGAACACCAUGAGCGUGGAGCUGCUAGUGUCGCUCUUGCUCGAUUGUGCCUCGCCCAUUUCGAAGCGUCAUUACGACCACUUGAGGUGACUUUGCAGAAGAAACGAGUUGCCGAGGUGCAGCCGGGAAAGCGCAUCCUCUGGUGGCUGUGGCGAAGCGAUUCGCAUCAAACGACAGCCUUCGUCGACGAUCUGACGUUCUAUGAGCCCCUUGUCAAGGCUGUGGUUCGUGAAGAUCUCGAGUCGUACUUGUGGGAAUGGCUCCGCAUUGAUAUGAAGCUGGCAGAGGCAGAAUGGGUCGACGGCCCACAGAACCGUAGUAAUGUUGCCAGUCAAAGCUUCCUUGCCCGAGAACGGCACGGUUUAAGAUGGAAGGGAAGGCUACUAAGGACCUUGGUACUUACCAAGCUUGUGCCUCCAUACGGCGAGACUCCCAGUCUUAACAACGCUCUGGACUGCUUCUUCCGCGGCAUGGAUUUGCAUGAUGGCGGGUGCCACAUACCUUUGCAACCAGCCGGUUCGCUCCUUGUUCGCGCGGUCUGUCCAGACCAGUAUGCAUACGAGCGUGUUGACGUCUCGCGAUAUGACCGCUUUCGAGCAACCGUCAACAGAUGGGCCUCCUCUAAUGGAGCGAAUCAAAUUCAAGGCUCCUCACGACGACGAGUUGCCGCAGGCUUCGAUCUCGCGCAGCUGGACCUACACCAUCCGGAAGCUCCAAGCCCGAAAUCUACGCUUUCAAUGUUCAGCCUUCUGCACCGUUACAACUACACUUAUUGGUGA